UUAGCCCAACCUAGCCCCUACCAGGCUCCCACCCUUUAUUCCCGAACUUCAUUAAAUAAAAAAAAAAAAAAUUACUUGGAGAAGUAACGAUGAGUUUAUCGUGCAUCAUGAAACACACUGCCGUCUUCUCUAUUCCUCGGAAUUUCCUCCGCCUCCUGAGUUUCCAAACACCUGACAUGAUUCCUUUCUCAAAAUUAAAAACCAACCCAUUUUCCACCCCCUCUUUCUGCUGCAUGCAGAAAAAGAUAUGCAUCUAAACAAAACCUCCUCUUUUUCCUUCUCUCUCAAAAACUAAACCCCCUCUUUCCUCUCUCUCUUUCGAAAAUCUCCCCCCCAAACUCCCGUCUUCCUCUCAUCCAUGGCUAAAUCCUCGUUCUCUCUCUUGAUUAUAUUCUCCCUCUUCUUUCUCUCUCUAAACCCUGUCAAAGCAGAUUCAGUCCAUGAAUUGCUGCAGAGCAAGGGUUUACCUGCUGGUCUUUUGCCCAAAGACGUGAAAUCGUACUCUCUUGAAGACGAUGGACGCCUCGAAGUUCAUCUUGAUCAACCCUGUUACGCCAAAUUCGACGGGAUGGUUUAUUAUGAUCGAGUAGUUCGGGGGAACCUCAGCUAUGGCGAGCUUACUGGAGUUGCAGGUUUCUCUCAAGAAGAGCUCUUUCUGUGGCUUCCUGUCAAGGGUAUCAAGGUUAGAAACCCCGAUUCUGGUGUUAUUCUCUUUGAUAUUGGGGUGGUUCAUAAGCAGCUCUCGUUCUCUCUCUUCGAGGACCCUCCGGAUUGUAGGCCAGAGGUCAAGCAAUCGUUGAGGCUCAUAUCAAAUGAUUUGUUGGGUAAGAUUGACAAAAAUCAGGAGGAGUAUACUAGUAUCAAGGCGGGCUGAUUUGGGUCGUUACACUUCAAAACUAGGAGCACAAUAAUCAAGACUUUUAUGCUAAUCUUAGUUACCUCUUAAUCACUAGAGUUUCAAGGUGAAUCUUACUGGUGUAUGAAAUAGGGAUUAGAGCUUCGCUGCAAAUGGGAUGGCAUUAAUGAGGUUUCUUUUAUGUUAAGUCUCUUGAGCAUGAAAAAGAGGUGUUGCUUUUAAGUUUAACAAAAUACUCUCUGCACUGCUUCUGAAUUGGGUGGGUAUUGAAGAAACUGUGGGUGAGUACAGUACAUUGUCUCACGGAAGAUCAUGUGAGCCACAAAAAGGCUGUCUCCUUUUCAGGUUUCUCUAUCUAGGUUCUCUCUCUAAACGUUCUCUAGGUUUCUCUCUCUAAACCUGCCUAUUUUUAUUUAUUUUUUUUUGGCGUUUUGGCAGCUUCUUAAUGGUUCUCUCUGCAUCUUGUGUCUUCUUGUGUUGGGCUGGUCAUGCGUCGGUUCAGUUCAGAGUUUGAUGCUCCAGUUAAGCAAAAAAUUUUUGGACUUCUUAUUUUUU